AUGGACGAAUAUCAUUAUGGGAUGGAUUCUGAAAUAAAUCGUACCAUGCAAUCAGGAUUUUCAUCAUUUAUAAAUGAGGUUGCUGAGGAAGAUCUGACGAAUAAUUUCACAACAAAUGAAAUUUUUUCUUCUCGUGAAAACUUAAUUGAAUGGGUAAAAGGGAUUGCAAAUGAUCUAGGAUUUGUUGUGGUGACUAUAAGAUCCGAUAAAGCUACCGGUCAACCUGGGAGGAAGACGUUUGUGUUGCUAGGAUGUGAAAGAGGCGGAAAAUAUAGAAAAUACAAACCCGACCAACCUAGUGCAUAUGGCACCCAAAAAUGUGAGUGUCAUUUCCAGUUAAGGGGCAAACCAUCUGGUAAUGGCUAUGGGUGGGUAUUACAAGUGAUAUGUGGAUACCAUAACCACGAUUUAGCAAAAACUUUAGUGGGGCAUCCUUAUGCUGGUAGGUUAAAUCCUACUGAACAAGCAAUACUUGUUGAUAUGACUAAAACCCAAGUAACACCAGCAAAUAUUUUGUUGACUCUGAAACAAAAUAAUGAGCAUAAUGUAACUACAAUAAAACAAGUGUACACAGCAAGGUAUACAUAUAAACGCUCAUUGAGAGGGUCGAGAACUGAGUUGCAACAAUUGAUGAUGAUGUUGGAUCGGGAUAACUACAUACAUUGGAGUAGAUGUGCAGAGGAUUCUGAAGUUGUUAGUGACCUCUUUUGGACACAUCCUGAUGCAAUCAAGUUAUUGAAUGCAUUUAAUGUUGUUUUGUUAAUGGAUUCAACUUACAAAACAAAUAAAUAUCGGUUGCCAUUGUUAGAGAUUAUUGGUAUGACAUCUACUGGGUUAACCUACUCAGUCGCAUUUGCAUUCUUAUCAAGUGAGCGUCAAAAUAAUUUCACUUGGGCUCUUCAAAAGCUUAGAGGUUUAUUUUUGACAUCUGAUACUGGUCCACAAGUCAUUGUCAGCGAUAGAGACUUGUCUUUGAUGAAUUCCAUCGGCAAUGUCUUUCCUCAGUCAUAUCAGUUGUUAUGUCGCUUCCAUAUUUCAAAAAAUGUACUAGCGAAGUGCAAAAUGUUACUUGAUUCUAAGGAAGCAUGGGAUGUCAUAAUGGAAGAAUGGGAGAACGUCAUUGGUGCGGGCGUCGCGACCCGUCAAAUUUGA